AUGGCUAAUAGAGGCACAGUGUACUCAAAGCACAUAGCGCUGCUUGCUAGCAGAAUUUUCGGCGAUUGCAGCUCUGUUUAUCCUCCACCAAAAGUCGUUCGAUUGAUGAGUGAAGAACCGGAGGCAAUGAAAAUCAGGGAUUGGUACCCUCCUUUAGAGGAGUAUUCCAACAUUCUUGCUACACUUCGGCGCGUCGGGCUCUUCCGUGAUGAGCACGCCGACUUUAGGGAUGAAAUGGAUCGCCUUCGGGCUCUAAGAGGAAAGAAGAAGUGGAAUAAGGGUAAAACUGAUGACAGUGUUUAA